AUGCUGUGCGAUGAUGAAAAAGACAUUGAUCAUAUUUAUCAAAAAGAUUUUGCAGAUAAAAUAGAAAAAUUUCUUGAUCAUUCACAAUUUUACUUAAAUCGUUUAUCACUAUUUAAAAAUCAAUUAUAUGAUAUUAAAAGGUUAAACCAAGAAGAGUUAUAUAUUCAAAAAUUGAACGAAAUCGAUACGAUUGUUCAUAAUUUAUCAGAAAAUAUUCUCAGUAUUGAACAAUUAAAUUCACAAUUAAAUGAAGACGAACGUUCAAAACUCGAUCAUCAAAUUCAUCUUCUUCGCAAUGAAAUCGAUCGUGAAAUGACCGAAUUUCAUAGACUUCGUGAAGAAGUUAUAGUUUCUUCUCCUGAAGAAAAUAAUUCAUUAAUUAAUGAAAUCGAUAAGAAUGAUAUUAAAGAUAAUUCAACAACCAAUGAACUUCGUCAACGACACAUAACAACAAAUCGUCUUAAUGAUUCAUAUGAUUUACUUGAACAAGAUCUAGCUUACUUGCGUGAAGCUAUUGAUGAAGUUGCCAUACUUGUUAAACAACAACAACAAAAAUUAUCAACAACCGAACAUCUUAAGAAUAUGGCACAAUAUCGUAUUCGUAAUGCAUCUUCAUUUCUUCAAAAAGCUAUUCAUAAUCGAUAUGUGACUUUAGCAUCAGGUGCUUUACUUGGUGCUAGUAUUGGUGGACCUGUUGGAUUUAUGAUGGGUACAAAAGUUGGUGCAUUAGUUGCACUUAGUGGUUCAGCUGUUGGUGCUCUUUCGAUGAAUAUUAUGCGACAAAGAGUAGCAGAAAAUGAUGAAUCUCAAACUAAUAAUACUAUUGCAUAUAAUCAAGCAAUGCUUUAA